UCGGAAUUACCAUCUAUUCAAGUUGACACCUUUUGUGUUCACGGACACCCAAAUGGGUUUAUAACCGGAAUUAGGGGAAAGGUUCAAUGUGUUUCGGAGGAAGAUUUGGAUAAAAAGGAGACACAGCUAGAGAAGCAGGAGAUGAUCAAAGAAAAAUGCUAUCUCCGCUUUCCUACAUUGCCAUUCAUUCCUAACGAACCUUAUGAUGUGAUUGAUACUGAUUAUGACAAUUUUUCUCUUGUUUCAGGAGCUAAGGAUAAAAGUUUUAUCCAGAUAUAUUCAAGGACAACUAACCCUGGACCUGAAUUUGUUGAGAAGUACAAGUCUUACCUUACAAAGUUUGGAUAUGAGCCAAGCAAAAUUAAAGAUACACCACAGGAUUGUGAAGUCAUGUCCAAUAGUAAGCUGGCUGCUAUGAUGUCUAUGUGUGGAAUGCAGCAGGCACUUACAAACCAAUUUCCUGAUCUAGGACUGAACUCCCCUAUUGAACUUAAUCCUUUCACUAGUAUAUUUGACACUUUGAAGAAGCUUGUUGAGCUUUACUUUAAGUAGUAACUAUGUUUUGUUUUAAGAUAUUUACUCCUGUAAACAAUAGCUAGCUAUCAUUGAUAGCAACCUAUGUGUAACAUGUAAAUACAUGUAUCUGCUGUAUCCUCUGGUAUAUCAUGUUUUACCCUGUUUAAAUUCUCACAUGUUGACGACAUCAUCAGAAAAAAGCCUCAUUCCUUGAAGGGAAAUAUCUGAUGUUGAUAUUAUUUGAUAUAACAAAAUAAGGUUAUUAGAAGGAGGAAUUACAAAGUUGAAGCACAGAUAUGCAACAAACAAUGCUUGCCUCUAAUAACCAGAGGUGAAUUAUUCAAAUAAUUGAUUAUGAUAAUAAAUAAAAAACAUAGAGGGAAAAAAAUUGCAUUCCGCUGUGAAAAAC